AUGGGAUCGCCGUUGUCAACGACCGUCAACUACCAGUUCCCAAGUUUGGUGAAAACCGUCAGUCAUCAUCCGGCCGUCAAUUAUCAACUGUUGCAAUCCAACGGCAGACACGACAGCCCAGCCGCAAUUGUUGAACCUCAACACCUGAAACUACAACCCUCUCAUCUCCGAUUCUCCGGUAACAACCCAAAUAUCAAACAUCCUACGCGCCACGUGCCAGAUGCCCAGCUGUCCGUAUUUACAAGUCCACCGGGACGACCCGCAAUGACCGGUUGA